AGCCAUAGUGUUGCCCAUUUUGCGGAGCGAUUUUCGAGGGCUUUACAAAUCGCCGAGAAGUCAGGCCGUAAGCCGCUGCAGCCACUGCUUUUAGACCUUUUAUGUUUUCUUUAUGGUUUAACGUGCGACAAAAGCAAUACAGUCACUUCCGCUUUCUUCGCUCAUUUUGUUAACUGCAUUGUUAACAAAACAUAUAGACUAAUAGCAUAAAUGCCAAUUUAAAUUUUUCAGUCAGUUAGGUUGUAUUUUCAUCUUAGUUUGGAGAAAACAAAAAAAAUGCCUCUUUUAAAUGAAGACAACUGAGCAUAAACGAUGGCUUCGUGAUGGUAACCACUGUUACUGUCCUGGUCAUGUAUCCAGGCUGCCUUAUGAAUUUAUGCCAUCAAAGGUCUCGUGACCUCUUGACAGACAUUGCGUGAUAUUGUGCAACAGAUCGCGUGACGUAUUUAAUUACAUUUAUAUUGCGCGUGUGCGGGUAUCGUUUUUUGUUGCUAGACUCAAAGCGGGUGUAAAAGUUACAAGAAAAGGGAGAUAUUUUGACUUCUUAACUCGGUUUAACUAAACAAAUAUGUCUAUCGAAAUAAACUGGCAAACGACAAGACCCACUAUCAGCGAAAGAGCCAAGUUUAUGCUCAACAACGAUCGAUUGAGCGAUGUCAAGUUUGUUGCGACAAAGACCGACGGUGAAAGCGAAAGUAAGCAAGUGAUUCCAGCUCACAAAUUCAUACUGGCGAUUGGCAGUCCUGUGUUUGAAGCCAUGUUUUACGGUGAACUGGCGGAGACUAAAGACACUAUUGAACUGCCUGACUGUGAUUACGAGAGUCUGUUGGAGUUGUUUCGUUACAUGUACAGCGAUGAAGUGAAUUUAAGCGGAAGUAAUGUGUUGGUAGUGUUAUACUUAGCCAAGAAAUACAUGGUGCCUUCACUUGCAGAUAAAUGCACGAGAUAUCUGCAAGAAAAUUUAGAUCCUUCAAAUGUGUUUACAAUCCUGCCAUUUGCACGGCAACAUGAUAACAAAAUCCUGGUGGAUCGAUGCUGGGAAGAAAUCGACGAAGGGACAGACGAAGCGGUGAAUGCAGACGGAUUUGAGAAAAUUCAGAGGUCCUUACUUGAGGCGGUAGUCUCAAGAGACGCUCUUACGAUUAAGGAGGUAGCUUUGUUUCAAGCUGCAGAUCGAUGGGCAACAAAACAAUGCGAAAAGCAAGGAUUGGUAGCAGAUGGACAACUGAAAAGACGAAUUCUUGGUGAAGAAAUAAUCAAGUCAAUACGCUUUCCAAUAAUGACAGCUAAGGAGUUUGCUGAUGUCGUCCUUGAUACUAACAUUCUUCAUCCAAAUGAAAUAACCUUCCUUUUUAAGUUUUUCAACUCAUCAGUGUCUUCUCCUUUAAUGUUUUCAAAGUCUCCGAGA